GAUCACAUCGCUCUGCGAAGAAGACAGCGGCUCAGCUUUGUUUACUUUAAAGAUGGAUGCUCAAAUACAUGUAUUUUCUGAAAUCAGUUGCUAUCUAGUUUAAAACCAGACACUAGAAUGUAAAAUAAAAAAAAAAAAAAAAAAACACAGCAUGGAGGAAUCGUGGAAUUUUGAGUUCUUGUCUCGUAUGGUUGACAGUCUGGUGUCUUUUCUGUCUGAAUUUGUGGACGACUGGCUGGCCAACGACAUGAGAGUUGCAGUGUUUAAGAUACUGUUCACCUGGCUCAUCAUCAGCCUCGUAGCCAUCCACUUUGCCUGGAAAGUGUACGGGAACACUGUCAACGACAUGUACUACAGACAGGGGACUGGAGGACAGAAUGGCGGGACUCCUGACACUGCGCCUCAUCUGAGCGGAUGGGAAAGUGCAGCUGGGGAUGCCAUGAAAACUCACCGUGAGUAAUGUACCUGCAACUGGACUAAGUGCACAGACACAUAUGAUGGACUAAAGCAAUUACAUUCCUUCAAGAAGACUAAAUAAUAAUAACUUGUGCAACUGUAUCGGUUUUACUCGUGAAGAUGUCUGUGAUGUAAAACUCCAAACACAUGAAUAUAUGCGCUACGAUACCUGACAGAAUGGUGCUGUGCACUGGACAGAUAGCAUUAAAGGAGCUUGCUGUGAUAAAUAGCAGCUCUGAAUCUCUGGAAAGCUUUAGUUUAUUUGGAUUGAAUUCUGGAAGUUAGUAGAUAGCAAAACUUGAACAAUUCUCACACAGUAUCAUUUGACCAAAAACUGACGAGAAUACUAGUCAAAACGAAGGUCCCAAAUGUUCACAUUAGUCAUCUGGUAUGUAUGUAGAAGUCAAACAUUUAAUUUCAGUGAUGUAAGAAAAUAGAUUUGACUGUACAGAGAUAAAAAGACAUUAAUUGUGUCUCUUACAGUUGUCCAGUAGGUUACUGCUGUCUUUUUGCAGUGCAAAUAAUAAAUACAAUUUGUAUCUGAUUGUGUAUUAGUUUUCUGUUAUUACAUAAUUAAAUUGUAUUUCAGUCAGUGCACAACAAUACGCAUUGAAAAGCACCUUACAUUGGUUCAGGACCAAGCAAGAGUCAUCCAUAAGAAGAAAAAACAUUACUGGCUAAAAUAAGUGUUAACAUGAAAAAAAUCAUAAAAAGUGAACUAGCUUAGAGG